UCUCAACUAAAAAUUAAUAGUGACUCUUGAAAUCUGGUGCACAUUUGCAGCUGUGGUUUUCUGUUGGUAGCGUUAUGCCAUAGUACUCAGUCACAGUGUACGAACCUCAUCAGUUUCUGAUGCCUGUGAUGACUGAUGGAUUAGAAGGAUCUCUGACUCAACGAUAACACGUUCGCGUCUUCCAGCUGAGUUUACUACCUCACUACCUGGUCUGCUCGAGGAGCUCCGAAGUGUUUCUCUCUGAAGCUUCUCGGGAUCUUCUAUCACCACCUCUUUCAAUCAGUGCAGUGACGCGUAGUUGUACGUAGCGGGGUACGGUGUGAUUGUUGGCUGUAGAUUUCAAAAAUCGUGUCUAUCCACGAUCGUUCGACAGCUAGCUGUGGAGUCGUUUCGUUUCUUCUUACCUUCAGGCGUGUAAUGCAAUCGGUUUCUGGUUAUAAUGUGCUCGUCGAUCUCCAGCAGCGCUGACCAUUGUUGUGACGGAUAUCCUGAUAACGUAGAAAGUGAGCUGUCACCAUUGUCUUGAGUUCAGAAACCGUUGAGUUUUUCGGGCGUUUUGCAGGUUCACAGAACGUGACCGAAGCCUAGAAAGCCCUCUUUUCACGCCGGAUCAGGCCGAGUGCAUGCUGAGUAGUGGUGACGAAAACAUUCUUGCACAACUGACAACUCGUUUUUUAUGUCGUCAUGGAAAGCGAUUCACCUUUAGCUCAAAGGAGAAAGAGCAGCCAUCCGACCACUCCAAGUGCAACUGCGAGAAGAAAUUCGUCUGGUUCAGGAGGAGUUCGCCGGAUUACACACGGCUCGUCUUGCCCUGAAGCUGUGUUUCCUUGGCAGAAUUCACCGAUUGCGUAUGGAAUUAUGCAGGCCAAUGGAUCAAGCGACCCUCGGUCCGGCACCGGCACAUACCCCUGUACAUCAGAGGAAGCAGGCGCCGUCAAACUUGGCGUUUGUGCAAUGAGCAGAAAGGUGGCUUCGAAGCCGAUGCAGACAAUUCUUUCUCGUAUCCAGUCGUACGGAUUUAUCGAGGUGAUAAUCUUUGACGACGACACCAUUCUGAACAAGCCCAUUGAGGAGUGGCCACACUGCAAUGCCCUGAUCUCGUUCUUCAGCACUGGGUUUCCGCUGAAGAAAGCCAUCGAGUAUGCCAAGCUUCGACAGCCAUUCCUUGUCAACGAUCUUGAACUUCAACCAUUACUGCAGCACAGACCCAGUGUCUAUGCGGAACUAGAGAAGCAUGGUAUUGAAACGCCGCGCUACAAAAUCCUGGACCGAUCAGAGGGCGAUGUUGAUAUUCUAGAAGAUGCAGAGUCAGUCAGCAUCGAUGGCGAGACUUUCAUCAAACCAUUUGUGGAGAAGCCGGUCAAUGCGGAGGACCACAACGUAUACAUUUACUACCCACCGUGCGCUGGUGGUGGCAGCCAGCGUCUUUUUAGGAAGAUCCAUGACCGUGCUAGUUUCUACUCAUCAGAGACCAAAGUGCGAAGUUCAGGCUCUUUUAUCUAUGAAGAGUUCAUGCCAACCGAUGGAACAGAUGUGAAAGUCUACACCGUUGGUCCUAAUUAUGCUCAUGCUGAAGCCCGGAAAAGUCCAGCAUUGGAUGGUAAAGUAGAGCGCGAUGCCCAGGGCAAGGAGGUGCGAUACCCUGUCAUUCUCUCUGCGUACGAGAAGGAGAUUGCACGCAAGGUGUGCGUGGCUUUCAAGCAAGGCGUAUGUGGCUUUGAUCUGCUGCGGGCUCAUGGCAAGUCGUACGUGUGUGACGUUAAUGGCUUCAGUUUCGUCAAGACGUCGCAGAAGUACUACGCUGACAGUGCACAGAUUCUCAGUGAAAUGAUCAUCAUGCAGUGUGCGCCUCACUUGUUCAAGCAACGCACAGUGCCUGCUGUCCCUGUACCACUGCCGCAGCCCAGCGGCGAACCUCUGGAGGAGCUGCGUUGUGUGAUCGGCAUAAUGCGUCACGGAGACCGGACGCCGAAGCAGAAAAUGAAAAUGGUUGUUCAGCAUGAAAAGUUUUACUCCGUCUUCCAGAAGAACGGCGGGAAUCGUAAAUUAUACGUGAAGCUAAAAAAGCCCGAGCAGCUGCAGGAGGUACUGGACGUUGCCCGUUUCCUGCUGGAUAGCUAUGGUGCGGCCGGGGAUGACUGUCAGGACAUAGCUGAGAGGAAGUCGAAGCUGCAGCAGAUGAAGUCCGUUCUUGAAAUGCAUGGCUAUUUCUCGGGAAUCAAUCGUAAGGUUCAGUUCAAGUAUCGACCACAUCGUCGUAGCGUUAGUGGUGUGGUCGACCAGGACACAGGUCCUCAUCCUGACUUUGGCACGCUGCUGCUCAUACUGAAGUGGGGUGGUGAGCUCACGCCAGCUGGACGCAUUCAGGCCGAGCAACUUGGCAAAGAGUUCCGCUGCAUCUACCCUGGUGGCGAAGGGGAGUAUGGUGCAUUGCCCGGAAGUGGCUUGUUACGUCUGCACAGCACCUACCGCCAUGACUUGAAAAUCUAUGCGUCGGACGAGGGCCGUGUGCAGACCACUGCUGCUGCAUUUGCCAAGGGCUUUCUGGCUUUGGAAGGAGAGCUGACCCCCAUCCUGGUACACCUAGUCAAGAGCUACAAGACCAACAAUAUGCUAGACAAGAGCGAUGCAGCAUCGGACCUGAUGGCACAAGUCAAAGCCCACCUGCACACCAUUCUUCGGCAGGAAGCAGACUUCACUGAUGAAGAUGUGGUCAAUCUUGCACCAACGCUGGACUCAGCCCUUACACGGGCAAUGGACGUCAUCAACAAUCCAACCAAGACAUGCGAGCGUCUUCACCGCCUUGUCAACAUCAUGGUGGAGCAAAUACAAGACCUUGACGAGGAAGAUUGGAAAGAACUCUACAAUCACGAGAGCAGAGGCCUGAUGCUGCGACGCUGGGAGAAGUUGCAGAAGGAUUUCAAACCUAAGGGAAAGUUUGACUACAGCAAAAUCCCAGAUAUCUUUGAUUGCAUCAAGUUUGACAUUCUGCAUAAUCAUCACCUUGGUCUAAGACACACGGAAGAGCUGUUUGAAGUGGCAUCUUCACUAGCACAUAUUGUGAUUCCUCAGGAGUAUGGAAUCACGGCGAAGGAGAAAGCCGAGAUUGCCCGCCUGAUCUGUACGCCACUGGUGCGCAAGAUUCGCGGCGAUCUGAAGCAUCAGAGCGAGGAGAUGGUACACCAACUGAACCCAGAAUACUCCUGGGAUAUCACAUCACCGCGUCGCAAUGUACGCACACGGCUCUACUUCACCAGUGAAUCUCACAUACACUCUGUGCUCAACUUGCUUAGCCAUAGUGAGCUGUUCUCGAAAGAUCUAGAUGAUGAUUGGAAGCGUGGCAUGCAGUACAUCAGCACCGUAGCUGAGUACAGCUACAUGACACAGAUUGUCUUCCUGCUCUAUGAGGCCACCACCAAGGAGCUGGAAGACGAGGACCGCUUCCGGCUGGAGGUGCUCAUGAGUCCCGGCGCGUCCGUGCAGCUUGUUGACGAGGUGCCAACUCCACCAAUGGCGAUGGAGCCAACGAUCGUAGACAAUGACAACCUGACCGUGGUGGAUAGCCCCACGGCAGCAGUUGCUGUGGCGGGCCUCGCAAACGGCGCUAGCAGCGGUAAUGCCGCUAGCGGUAGUGUUGGUGCAAACGGUACUAGCAUCAAGUACGCUGCCGCCAAAGCUGGCAUUGCAACUGAAGACGACACGGACACUCACUUCAGUCCUCCGCACAGCUACUCGUCAUGGCGACCACCGACGUCCAGUGCGCCGUCAACGGUGCGCACCAUCUGGCACGCUAGUGACGGUUCCCGCUGUACGCGCACCAACUCUUCUAGUCAGCCGGACAUGACUGACAUGGCACGAUCACUGAGCAGCAGUGACGCUAUUCGCAGCAGGAUCAGCAGCUGCAGUUUGCCGGACACCAAGCGCCUCCUGCUCCCCAGUGGGGGCACCGACACCAAUAGUGUGCUGGGAUCCAUGUCCUCGUCUGCCAUUGGCGAAGUGGACCUUGAGUUUUCUGGCCAGCAGCCCACUCUGCAGCAGCAGAGCAUGCCAAGUACCCCCGGUGCAGGCAGCAGUACAUGUACUGGCAGCGACGGCGUGAACAGUGCUGUAGAAUUACCCCGUGCCGACAGCAAGACCAGCAUGCCACCGUUGUCGCCGUCGGCUGACGGUAAGUAUGCUCCGCCUAGGACUGCACAUGGUAUUAAUGUGCCACUAAUGUCGACUGCUAGAUCUGCUGCCGCAUUUGCCUCUUCUUCUGCUUCGCCAAGGAGGGCAAUAGGUCAAGGCUUGGCUGAUCCAACAUUCCAGGCCAAGAUGGAGCCACUCAAGGCGCUGGUCAACGACAUUUCCCUGCACGACUUUGAUGCUUUUCUAGAGCGAGUAUUGGAAGCACCAGCGUUUGUGGUGUCAUCGUGUGACGGUUAGAGUUACGGCUGUCUUGCAAUGAUGUCAUCAAGGCUGCGCUUCCCCGCCAGGUGGUGAUGGUACAAGUCCAUGCUAAGCUUCCUUGAAAUUACCUACCAUGUUAGUACUUCUAAAGGGCUAUGUCACUAUAUACCUAAUCCACCUAUCUAACUGUUACCUCAUUUUAACAUUCUUACGGAAUUGCAGCUUGAGCACUUUGCAACUCACCUGCAUUGUCUUCAUCCCUGGCAUAGUUUCUUGACCAUGAUAUUUACUAUUAUUUAACUACCGAGAUCGACGCUAUUCAUCUGAAAUACUUUUUUACAGGCAACGGUUCCCUUUUUGAAAUCCUUUUGACGACAUGCUUGACGCGCGUGCAGCGUGUCCUAUCCCUACUACCCUGUCUCCAAGAUGAGCUCUUGAGCUUGACCUGUGUUUAGCUGGUGCAAGCUGUUUGUGUUACACGGCAACAUUGAGACUUAGUGUCAUCUGAGCAGCCAUAUGUAUAGUGUAUAGUUAUAUGUAGUAUCAGUAGCAGCAACGGCAGCAGUACCAGUAGUAGGCAUCCGUGCACGCAUGCGAUGAUUAGCUUGUUAGACCCCCCUCCUGUAUCAUAGUGAUUGCACAUGUAACACCCCUGUGUGUUCUUGUGCAACUUUUAGUAGCAUGGUCUACUACCUGUCUGCUGCUGCUGCUCCGUGUCUAGAUUGCCCUAGACCCUAUGUUGUUACAUGUACAUGUAAGUUAUGUCAAGUAUUCUACACCUACUCGUUAUUUAUUCUUUACUCAUUACGUGCUCAUGCUUUUUAGCACUCUAGUCGUACCUGUACUUGCUGGAGUCUCAAGUAUGUUUUUAGGAGUUGCUGCACACACUACCAUUAUGUUUUUAUCAUUCCCUGGUGCUUUUUAGUUGUGACAUGUAUGUUGAAAUAUUUUUAGUAUCCUUUCAGAAUGAGAUCAUUCCAGA